GCGAAGGAAGUGAGUCACACUGACGGUAAUCUUACGUCUCUGUUGCUUUAGUUGCGAAGAGAACAAGGAAGAAACGUGCCACCACAGACCAGCGCAUCAGCACCGAGGGGCAGGAGGCUACGGCAAGAGGAGAAACCUGAGGACACCGUUAAAAUUGACCAUGAAGCAAGAGAUCAAGGCUGGGGUAGACUUCCUCAAACGCAUGGCUGUGUCACGUGGUGACCUCGAUGGGGCCAAAGCAGAGCUGUUUGCAGAAAAUCUACAAAAACUUCUGUGUGAAAAAUACAAAGACCACUGGUACCCUGACUGUCCCAGCAAAGGCCAAGCAUUUAGGUGCAUUCGUAUAAACAGAAACAUACCCUGCGAUGACACAAUCCUGCAGGCAUGCAAAGCGAGCAACAUCAUGCCCACCAACCUGGGAUUUCCGUCUGAGAUGACACUGUGGAUUGAUCCUCUGGAGGUGUCUGCGAGAUCUAAAGAAAACAACAGUCCCUUUAAAGUUGCUUCUUUUGACAAGGAGGAGGAAGAGGAGAGUGAGGAGUGUGUGAAACAUGACCUGGAUGUGUCCUCGCUGGACUCUUUAAGCCAGGAGACUUCAGAUUACCACUCUGCUACAUCUUCGGAUUGUGGUUCAGCUGCAUCGAGUGACACGGAGGAGGAGGCCAAAGAUGGGGAGGCACAGGGAGAGAAAGAAAAAGAAGAGGAGGUUGCUGAGAAGGGACAGAAGGGGGGACCGCGAGGUGAAACCUACAAAAUAACCAUGGUGCCCAGGAUUCGGAAGCCACAUGAAGAUGGAUCAAAUAGGGUCAAAUACCCAAGAAAUAUGGUGCCUCCUAACCUUCAGGUCAUCUACCACCCUACACCAGUGUGGCCUCAGUACAAGAAGCAUGCUCCAGUGUUCCUCAGCACCGCACCACCACCUCCGACCCAACAGGUUGUUGGAUACUACGUCUUGCCACGCACCUUUUCACAGUUCAUCAUCCCUCAGGCCCCCCUGCAGCCAUGGAGAGCAGGGAAGGAGUAGUUCACCAGUUGUGAACUACGAGGAGGGCAAGGCUGGGGGCAUUAUAAGCAUUAUAAGCUGAGCCAUCUGAUGUCAGGCCUGAGUGCAGCUAAACUUGGACCAAAAGGUUUAACUGUAAAGUUUUUAAUUAUACCUUUCACAAUCUGAAAUAAUUCCACUUUCUUUUGUUAUUGAUGGCUGUUACGCUGCACAGGGAUACCCCAGAACUCAAGUGAAAACUUCUCAUUUAAUCUGUUAUGUUUGCACUGUUGAUUUUCUACUAAUGAAUUGUACUCAACAAGAAUGAUAUCAGUCACUGGGUGCUUGAAUAACUCAGGAUUUCUCAGCAACAUGUUUAAUGCCAAAAAAAUAUAUAUAUUUUUACAUUUUACCACCUGUAACUCUUUGCCAGUGUAUAAGUCACAGUUAAUCAUUGUGAAAUGUGAUUCAGGGUUUUAACCUACUGUAGCAAUAGUGACAAUAUCUGUAUAUUAAGUAGAACAGACUGUUUUGUUUUUUUACUAAGCUACCUGUAAAUAUGACCACAACAGUUGAGCACUUUAUAACCUUAUCAUAUUUGUUGUAAUUUAUUUAGCCACCAGUGGAUGGCACUCAUGCCACAUACAGUACAUUCAGUUGUAUAUAUUUUUUAAAACUUAGGUUGAUGUACAUUUCAUAUCUCACUUUGCCAAACAUGAACAUGUUUAUUUAAUAGCUUAAAUGGUCUCUCUUGUAAUAUACAGAAUACCUGUGUCACUUUGUUUUAAUUGUAAAUCAAUUUGCUUAAGGCCGUGACUUUUAUAUUGUUCAUUCUUUGCUAUGAGAAUCUGCUACAGCUUUAUAAACCAUGAAUUAUUUGACUUCGGUUUGAUGCAUAUUUAUUUCCAUUUUACGCCACUGUGAAGCUUACGAGUUUAUUGAUUUGUUCUCAGUUUUUGCUUGAGUCAUUUGUUUUAUUGCAGAAAGUUAAACCAUACAGGUUUUACCUGAAAAUAUUGUUCUGACAAUUAAUUGUACAACCUUUACUUCUCAGUAA